GAAAUGGAAAAAAUCCCUCCUUUCCCUCUUUAAUUCCUUGAAAAUUUUUUUCUUUCGUACUUAGCCAUUUGGAGAUGAGUAAAAUGGAAACCCUUCUCUCUUCUCAUUCUCUCUCUCCGAUCGUGAACUCAAAACCUUCCUCUGCAAGAACUCUAAUCCCACCUUCUCCUCAACCCAGAUCACCUUCUCUAUUUCCCUCUAGACCGAUUACUUGCAGCCUUAAGAAACAAAAUUCUCAGUCUUUGAAACCAUCUUUGGAACUACCCACAAGCUGGUUUACUCAUGCCCGGCAAGGACUAGCGGCUUUGGCUGUGUCUUUGGCACUGAAUUUUUCUCCCAUUUUGCACAGUGGAAAUGCACUAGCAUCUGAAUUUGAUGUGCUCAAUGAGGGACCUCCAAAGGAAUCUUUUGUGGUUGAUGAUGCUAGUGUUCUUAGCAGAGUGACAAAAUCUGAUUUGAAGAGGCUCUUAUCUGAUUUGGAGUCAAGGAAGAACUUCCACAUUAAUUUCAUUACAGUCAGAAAGCUCACUAGCAAAGCCGAUGCCUUUGAGUAUGCAGACCUAGUUUUGGAGCGUUGGUAUCCAUCAAUUGAAGAUGGGAACAAUAAAGGUAUUGUUGUACUUGUCACCAGUCAAAAGGAAGGGGCAGUCACCGGUGGACCUGCCUUCAUCCAAGCUGUUGGGGAAAAUAUUCUCGAUGCCACUGUAUCAGAGAACCUGCCUGUUUUGGCCACGGAAGAAAAGUACAAUGAAGCAGUGUAUAGCAGUGCAAAACGUCUAGUUGCCGCCAUUGAUGGACUUCCAGAUCCUGGUGGCCCCAAAUUUAAGGACAAUAAGCGAGAAUCCAAUUUCAAAACCAAGGAAGAGACGGAAGAGAAGCGAGGACAAUUCAGUCUUGUAGUUGGAGGUUUGUUGGUGAUUGCUUUCGUUGUUCCCAUGGCACAAUACUAUGCUUAUGUCUCCAGGAAGUAAAGGUAUCUGUAUUAUUAGAUUUCUCUUUCAUAUUACUUUCCUUGGAUGCUGAAGAAACAUGUAUAACACUUAGUUGUACAAAUGAUUAUAUUGGAAAUGGUUUAUGAGAAUCUCUCCUUCCAGGCUAAAUAUAGAUCUUUUAUUCUU